AUGUCAGUUGAACGACAUCUUUUGCAUGGCAAAAUCACUUAUUCCCAGGCCAAGGACGAAGAGGUGAAUAUUGUUCAUCAGCUUGGAUACUGCUCACGACGCAAUGACUUCUUCGGAUUCAUCCGCGCUCGCCGCAGUCUUAUUGAAAAAAAGGUCGCCCAUCAUCUAAAAGUUUCAUCAAACAGUUGCCACGCGGCUGAUAUUGAUAGCUGGAUGCAUGGGAGCUUCAACCUUUGUGUUCCUGUGGAGGUCGAAGACUUUGGGCAUGUCAUCAUUCGCUUCCCUCUUCCCUACCGUGUCGGUGACAGUUUUUACUCAGGAAACAGCGAUGAAAAAAUCACAUGUGAGGCUGGCACAUACGCAUGGAUGUAUCAAUGCUGCCCUAAUAUACCGAUUCCGCGUCUACAUGGUUUUGCUUUAAAGUCUGGCCAAGGGUUCACAACUCUUCAGCGCUCACCACUAUUUCGUCGCCUGCUACACCGAUCCUAUUGCUGGUUGUUAUCUCUCCUGGGAUAUCCAGCCCCUUCAAACUUCAUACGAGAUGACGACAAAGUCGGAAAUGAGCUAGGGCCGUAUAUGAUUCUUGACUAUAUCAAAGAAGGAAAAAUGCUCUCUACAACAUGGGCGCAGCUGAAGAGUCAGGAGAUAUUGCGAGAAAACCUUUUCCGAGAUAUCUCUAAAGUCAUGUUGACCAUGAGUCGAGUGAAGUUGCCUAGGAUAGGUUCUUUCAUCAUUGAUGAAAACGGUUACCUCCUCCUUGUGAACAGGCCUCUAACACUUAUGCUACAUGAUCUGGAGAACGAAAAUAUUUCCGUUGACAUGCCACGGGAUCGGACUUUUUCCACCGUCGAUUCAUAUGUUAACAACCUUCUCAUGUGUCAUGACAACCGACUUCGCUUUCAGCCAAAUGCUGUGAAGACUGGUAGUGACUGUGUUUCCCAAAUGACAGCUCUGGCUUUAAUGAGGACUGUGAGACCCCACUAUUUUGACUCUCAGCUUAAUGAUGGCCCUUUUGUUUUUGGUUUGACUGAUCUGCAUGCGAGUAAUAUCUUUGUCGAUGAGAACUGGCGUAUCAAAUGCCUUAUAGAUUUAGAAUGGGCUGCUUCUCUUCCUAUCGAGUUUAUGCGUCCUCCUAUAUGGCUUACUAGUCAAGCGGUUGAUGAGAUUGACAUCGAUGAGUACGAUGGAAUGCGACAGGAUUUCAUGUCUAUUUUCGAAGAAGAAGAAGAGAGAAGUUGCUUACCUGAAUACAGCCUGCGACGGACAAGGAUCAUGGAAAAAGGUUGGGGGUUAGGAACAUUCUGGUACGGCACAGCCUUGCGAAGUCCAACAGCUCUUCACGCCAUCUUCUACGACCGGAUUCAGCCAUCCUAUUCAGAGAAGCAUGCCAAAGACACGAACUUCUACCUCAUUGUUUCUCGAUAUUGGGGACGUGAACCUGCAGCGUUCAUUAGAUCCAGACUCGAGGAUAAGGCAGCAUAUGAUGUCAAGCUUCGAGAGAUGUUUGGAAGGAUCUGA